AUUUCUGUUUAUGUGUUUUCCCGCCCCGUGCGUCAUUUUGCUACUCUGAUGGAUUUUACAAAGCAAUGGACGUAUACAUCAGCUCCUGGAGACUGUGAUGAAGGGGAUUCGGUCAGUUCGGAAACGGAAAUCAGUUGACAGAUAUGGUGAGGCACAGCGUGAUGACAGAGGUCCAAACCUUCCAGCAUUCACUCCAGGGCAGCUCCCUGGCUGUGGGCCAAGUAGGCCAAAGCAGAGUGCAGAUGCAAGACAAUGGGGUCAUUUCAGAUGGACAGCAGUUGCUGCCACUCGUCCCUACAGAAGUUGAGAAAAGCCAGCCUGUUAACAUCCCGGAUGCUGCAAAGAAAAAGAAGAAGAAACGAACCAGAGCCACUGAUAGCUCCACAGGCACUUUUGAUGAUCUCUAUAAGCUGACUGGCGAGGUUCUUGGUCAGGGGGCUUAUGCUAAAGUCCAAGGGUGUGUCAGUCUCCAGAAUGGAAAUGAAUUUGCUGUUAAGAUCAUUGAGAAGAGCGCUGGACACAGCCGGAGCCGAGUGUUUCGGGAAGUAGAGACGCUAUACCAGUGUCAAGGAAACAAGAACAUUUUGGAAUUGAUCCAGUUCUUUGAGGACAACUCCUGCUUUUAUUUGGUUUUUGAAAAAUUGCGUGGAGGAUCCAUUUUGACGCACAUCCAAAACCGAAAGCACUUUGAUGAGCUGGAGGCCAGUAAAGUGGUGAGGGACAUUGCACAAGCGCUUCACUUUUUACACACAAAAGGUAUUGCCCAUAGAGACUUAAAGCUGGAGAACAUCCUCUGUGAAUACACAGACAGAGUGUCGCCGGUGAAGAUUUGUGAUUUUGACCUGGGAAGUGGAGUGAAACUCAGCAGCGCCUGCACUCCCAUUACAACGCCUGAGCUCACCACACCGUGUGGCUCAGCCGAGUACAUGGCUCCAGAAGUGGUGGAAGUCUUCACCGACGAGGCGUCCUUCUAUGAUAAGCGCUGUGACCUGUGGAGUCUGGGGGUCAUUCUCUACAUUCUGCUGAGUGGGAGUCCCCCUUUUACAGGACACUGUGGCACCGACUGUGGCUGGGACCGUGGAGAAACAUGUAGAACCUGCCAGAGUCAGUUGUUUGAGAGCAUUCAACAGGGCAAGUACGAGUUCCCAGAGAAGGACUGGGCUCACAUCACAGAUGCCGCCAAGGACCUCAUCACCAAGCUGCUGGUCAGAGAUGCUACUCUGCGCUACAGUGCUGCUCAGGUCCUCAAGCACCCAUGGGUGCAGGGGAACGCUCCAGAGAGAGGUCUUCCAACUCCUCAUGUUCUGCAGAGGAACAGCAGCACCAAAGAUCUGAGCCAGUUUGCAGCUGAAGCCAUCGCAUUUAACCGGCAGCUAUCGCAGCACGACGAGCAGCAGGAGGAUGUCGGAGCUGACGUCUGCUCCAUGAGACUUUCUCCGCCUUCCAACUCCAGACUCGCUCGCAGGCGAGCCCAGUCCAAUGCCAUGCGUUCCCAGGACUUUAGCGCUUCAGCUGACGACAUGGCAGCCUGAAAGCAUCCCUCCUCACGGGUUUGUCUUGACCUCCUGAGGGCUUUUGUUUUACAAAUGAUCUUAACGUUAUCUGUUCCUGGUGUUUCCUUGUAGCCAGUCUUAUCACCACGGGAAGAACUGGCCUUGGCUCGUGUCCUGCGGUUUGUUCAGGAAUGUAUUUGCACACUCUGGAAUUUAAAAGGACUUUUAUUUGCCAGUAAUGACAUCGUUUCAGCGUUCUCUCUUACAUAUCAGAACAAACAUUUAUUGAGUUUAAUUUGGCACAUUCUAGCAGAUGACGCUGACCCUCGUCCGUGUUGACUUUUUUUUCCAACUGUGAAUCGAUUAUUUUAAUAGCUGGAAAACAUUUGAAUAGAUUAGAUUUUUAUUUUUCCAACAAACUGUUUUUAAAAUAUAACUCAGUUGUAUUUUAUGUUUUAGAAAGGUUCGAGAAGGUGUAAGGGACAGAUUCUUAAUUCAACAUCAACACUUCCUCCUCAGCUACUUAAACAAGUGUAUUCCGUUAAGCACAUUGUUCAUAACACACUUAAAAUGCUGGUUUAGAUCCAUCAAAUAUUAUUUUUCCAUAUGUUUUGAUGUGGUCUCAGUGGGUCAGAUGAUGGCACUUGGGUCGUACAUUUUUAUUUCAUGUUCUGGUCUGUACACACUGCCAUUUGUUCAUAUUUGAGAAUACCUCUGAGUUUUUUGAGUGACAUGAAAAGUUUUUUUUUUUAAGCUGAUGGAUGGUUGGAUGGAUAACAAUGGUGGUGCAACAGAAAAUGUGAAAUUUUACCCAAUAAUAUUUAUUUUUAUACAAGCGUAGACAGAGUUGUGGAUGUUAAAAGGGAAUGAUGGCUAUGAUUUUGUUUUCUUUUUUUGCUGAUGGUGAAUUAAGCCAACUAUUUGAUGAACAGUAUGUAUUUUUGAGUGUUUGUUUACAGGGUGUGAGGAGUCAGUGUUAUUCCCGCAGUUAAUCACUUAUCACUAACUCUUAACCCCUGCUAAUGUGUGCACCACACGUCACUUGAAUUAGCGCCGUUGCCGUGGACACCGCAUCUCUAUAGCAACAAAGGGUCUUCUUGGGAUGACAGCGAGUUACCCAGAAUGAAAACCCACAUUAGGGCGCGACCACUUGCUACAUUAAAGCCCUCAUCCUCAUUAUGAAUCAUAAAGGACGUGCUUGUUUACACCAUUAACUUUAAUGGUUUCUGAGGUGAGGUGGUUACAGGCGAGAGAUGAAACCGCUGUCAAAUUUAUCACUCUAAUGCUGAG